UUUUGCCUUGCCCAUUGCAGACGGAAUCACCAGUGGAUAUGGAGGUGGACAGAGAGCAGCCCAUCCUUCUGACGUGCCAACCCAGCUGGAGACUCCCAGAAAUCCGCCGUCUGUGUUCCGAUCCUUCCUGCAGUCUUACCUGUACGGGAAUGUGAGGCCCCGAUGGCCCACCAAGCAGCUUCUGCAGACAAAGUGGCUGGAGCAUCCAUUUUUAGAAAGAUCCGAUAGUCUCACCAACAACAGUCCUCUGCUCGAUGCAGCCAGGAGAUUCCUUACAGAGAGGGUCACAACACCAUCACCAGAACCUCUGCUGGCUCCCUCUGUUUCUGGACAGGAGAGUAAGGAAGAGCAAGCAGAGAAGGAAAACGUGAAAGCAAAGCCUGAAGGAAUGAAAUCAAUCCUCAAGAGCUCACCAAUGGCAGCUGUUGCUGCAGCACCACAGUCUGAAGAAAUCUCCUUUCCCGACACUGAAAUGCCAAGCACAAGCACCGGGAAAGGAGACACUCGGAAGAAAAGCAUUCCAAAGGAAAUCACGUACCGGCCGCCAAAGCUAUUGCCACUAACACGACGUUUCCUUGAUGACCUCAAGAGCCAUGUGAGUGAGGGGAACCCUACGAAGAAAUACACUGUACAGCAGAUAAUUGGCCAAGGGACUUUUGGAACAGUUUUCCGAGGAGUUGACAUUGCCACAGGAAGACGGGUGGCCAUCAAGAAGAUUUUUGUUCUCGACAGAAAGAACAAAAGGGAGCUUGUUUUAACUGAGGUUGCAGUCCUGAAGAGAAUGAGGCACCCCAAUAUCAUUCGCUACAUAGACAGCUACCUUUUCAAUGAAGAACUCUGGCUGGUGACGGAAUAUGUGGAGGGAUGCACCUUAGGCGAUGUCAUUUCCAUACAAGCUCUUGAGGAAGAGAUGAUAGCCUCUAUCAGUCGGGAGCCUAAGCACAAGCCACCCGAGCUGGAGACUCCCAGAAACCUGUCGCCUGUGUUCCGUUCCUUCCUGCAGUCCUGCCUGAAACGGAAGGUGAAGCGUCGAUGGACGGCCAGGAAGCUGAUGAAGGACUGA